GUGGAGACGAAUGCGGCUCCCACAAGGGUUGAGCCCAGCUCAUGUGAGGAAAAUCAAGGUUUAAUACAAUCAAAUCAAAUCAGGGCUGGUGAUAAAGGGGAGAAGACAUUCAAAUUCUAGUCAUUAUUCCAUUUGAGAUUAACAGUCUUUAUCCUGAUUAUGGGGGUGGAGUUACUGUCAGAAAAUAUUUCAGAUUGUGGUACUAGUUGCAAAACAAUGGCAGCCAUUGUUUAAAGAUAAAGUCAGAUUUAUAGGUGAUCAGUCACCUGGGCCACACCAGAAUGAGGAUGAAGCCCUGCUCACAAGUUCACUUCAGUCUUAUGUGAGUGUGGACAAUCAAGAAUCAAACCAAUUAUCAGAUUCCAGCUACAUGUGAGGUAUGAUAGUCUACAGUGAGAUUGAUUUUCCUUGUUUCAUACACAUGAUUACACUAAGAAAUACUUGUUAAGAUCAGAUGACCAAUAUUGUCUAAGAGAGCUGAUUUUAGAAACUAGGAGAUUGCCUAAUAGGAAGGUCCUACAAUUUGAUAAUGAAAUUGGUUUGUCAUGGGUACUUCACCAUUGUGGGGUUGGUUGGAGGCAAAUAAAAUAACAGCUAAGGAGAUGCAGAUAUGUAUCGGUUUUAUGACAGCUAAGGCAGCUAAGAAAACGUGUGUCUUACAGCUGGACACCUCAUAGACCAGCACUUGUGGGGAUACAACCUACUCUGGAAAAAGAUGCAAUUAGGUACAACGAAGACACUUUGAAGAAGCAUGCACAUGAUUCUAAUUUUCUGAAAGUGACCAGUAGUCGUUUGCCAUCACAUAAGCCUUGCAUUGAGGACCACUCAAGAAUGGAUUGAUAAGUAUGAAGUUAAAGAUGAAAAUUCAGACUUCUUACAGUCUGAUUUUGCAUCAGCAGUUGAAAAAGAGCUUGAGAAGAUACACCAAAGACAAGACAGUAUUCAGAGACAAUCACUAAGGCAAAAUCAGGGCCAUAUGACGAGACAACUCAACAAGUGACAGUCUUUUGCAAAAGAAGAUGGUAGUAAAUGAAAGAUCAGUCAAGCAUGCCAAGAAAAACAUCAUAAUGAUAUUUAGUUUAGAGACUACAGGUUUGGUUUGUGAAUGGAUUACAGCAAGGGUUGUCAGUUGAAGACAAAUAUGCAGAGUCAUAGAUGGAGGGACAGUCAUAAACAGAUCGUCAAGGAACACGUUUGGCAUUGUGUGAGUUUUCCCAAGAGAUAAAGGAACUUCAAAACAUAUUUCAAGGGGAUAUAUGGCAAGUGUGAAGAGCUUUUGUAAUGCAAAUCAUGACUGUUAACUAUUGAAAAUGGUGUAAGCAAAGAGCAGAUCCAAGGAGGCUGUAAGACACAGAAUCUUGCAUAUGAGGCUCAGGUCAAGGCAAAAGAGCAGCAGGUCCGUGAAUUAAUGGUUCAUAUAGGAGGGUUUCCUAUCCAAGGACAUGAAGACUAUAUGAAGCCUAUUGUACCAUGUGAUCUGCAGUUUCACUACCGUAACAAGAUGGAGUUUUCAUUUGGAACGAAAAGUUGGUUACCUGAAGAUACAAUAAAUGGAAAAGAUGGCAGAGAAAUGAACAAACCCGCCUUAGGACUUCAUGUGCCAGGGUGCUUUGAUAAGAUUCUCCCUAUAAAAAAUUGUUUGUCACAACACAAAGUAGCGAAUCAUGUACUUGCAAUUGUGCAAGAGUGCUGGCAGGAUCCAAUGUCAAAUCUAUCUGCUUAUGAUGUUUAUAAACACAAUGGAUUCCUCAAACAUCUCACUAUAAGAACAGGCAGAGAUUAUGACACAAGAGCAUUACAGAUCAUGGUCAAUUUAGUGACAUCCUGUUACAAGCCCACAUUGCUUCAGCCUAUGGUGAAGAAAAUUGUUGAUACCAUUCCAGAAGUGGUGGGCAUUCUAAAUAGUGUUAAUACUUCUGUUGGAAACACAUCAAUUGGUGAAGAGGAAUAUGUAUUGCAUGGUAAUAAUAGCAUAACGGAGACUUUAAGAGGGCUUACUUUUGAAAUAUCAGCUAACUCUUUCUUUCAAACCAAUACUCAACGGGCAGAUGUGCUAUACUCACUGGUAGAAGCAGCAGCAAGUAUAAGAGGUGACAGCUCAGAAAUAGUUCUGGAUUUGUUUUGUGGAACUGGUACUAUUGGUCUUACACUAGCCAAAGAGGUUAAGUAUGUCUAUGGCUAUGAGGUAGUCCCUGAAGCUGUAGCAGAUGCUCGUCGAAAAGCAGGCAUGGUAGUCGGUCAUACUCCCCAAACAACUGGUGCAAACUGUAAAUGUAACAGCAGAAUAUGGCGCAUUGAUGUUGGGAUGUCAAGUGGAGUUCUAGGCGCAGUUUCAGAGGUGCUAGAAAUUAUAGAUGACCAAGUAAGAGUGAUAAGGGCCAGUACAGACAAAAUGCUCAGAGAAGAAACAGUGGACUACUAUAGUAUUUGAGCAUUCCAAAUUAGUUCACCAAGAUUCUUCGCGUCAUAACUUUUUUAGCAAAAAGAAGUGUCAUAAGCAUGCCAUUGGAGUCCUGGAUAAUAUUUUGUACUUUUAGGUAGUUAUCCAAAAAGGGUACAUGCUUGUAUUGAAAUACAUAUCAUAAUAGGACAUCAUCUUGCUUCUUCAGUUGGGCAGUAUGCAUAAUGGAAUGAAUAACAAGGAAAAUACUCAAGGUUUCGGGCUAUGAUAUCAUAAAAAUAUACAUCUUGCCUUUUGUUUUUAGAAAUAUUUGUAAUGAAUAAGCAACAGGGAAAGUAUUCAAGAAUUUGGGCUGCAAUUUGAUGGAAAAAGAACUUCAUAUUCAUUGAUAAAGUAACUGCCAUGCCGUCACUUUCCUGGCUUAUACUGAAAGAAGAUAUAUGAAC